AAAGGAACAAAGAAAGAUCAAGAUUCAGUGGCUGUUUCACACGAAAGGAAAGUGAAAAGUAUCUUGGGAAUGGAUAAAUUUAAGGCUGCACUUGUACUGGCCGGGGUAGGGGAUGCUCUUGGUUAUCGAAAUUUCUCCCGAGAAAACAACGCUUUAGGUGCAAAAAUCCAGCAGGAGCUGAAAGAAAUCGGAGGGCUCGAGAACCUGGUGCUCUCUUCAGACAAAUGGCCAGUAAGUGACAACACCCUCAUGCACAUGGCUACAGCAGAGGCCGUCAUCACAGAUUACUGGUGUUUAGAAGACCUGUAUCGUGAGCUGGUAAAACGCUACGUCGAGGCUAUUGACAAACUGUCAGGGAGACGGCCAGACCCUGCUACCAUCGAAGGCUGCAGGGAAUUAAAACCAGAUAACUACCUUCUGGCUUGGCACACACCAUUCAAUGAAAAGGGUUCUGGCUUUGGAGCAUCUACAAAAGCCAUGUGUUUAGGGAUGAGAUACUGGAAGCCAGAAAGACUAGAAUCGCUCAUUGAAGUGAGCAUUGAAUGUGGACGAAUGACUCAUAACCAUCCUACAGGCUUUCUAGGCUCCCUAUGCACAGCUCUCUUUGUGUCAUAUGCAAUACAAGGAAAACCCCUUGUGCAGUGGGGAAGAGAGAUGAUGAAGGUUGUACCAAUGGCUGAAGAAUAUUGCAAGAAGACCAUUCGACACAUGGCAGAAUAUCAGGAGCACUGGUUUUACUUUGAAGCCAAGUGGCAGUUUUAUUUGGAGGAGAGAGAAAUCAAUGAGGAAAAUCAGAAUAAACCUGUCUUUCCGGACAACUAUGAUGCGGAGGAGAGAGAAAAGACGUACAGGAGGUGGAGCUCCGAAGGCCGGGGGGGCAGAAGGGGUCACGACGCCCCCAUGAUCGCCUACGAUGCCCUGAUGGGAUGCGGCGGCGACUGGACUGAGCUCUGCAACCGCUCCAUGUUCCACGGAGGUGAAAGUGCAGCUACUGGAUCUAUUGCUGGUUGCUUGUACGGAUUGGUUUAUGGCCUGAGCAAGGUUCCCAAAGGCUUGUACCAGGACCUUGAACAAAGGGAGAGGCUAGAGUACUUGGGCGAGACUCUUUACCGACUAUCCACAGAGGAAAAGUAAAGCGGUUUCUGCCAUUUUCUCUUUCUAUAAAGACUAUAUCAAACCCUGUAGAUAACUGACUGACUAUUCUAACGAAAGGAUAGGCUGAGAGUUGGUCUAAAUGGCUAUAUGUAGAAUAUGUGUGAGCGAAGCUAGCUGAGUAAUUGAAAAGUAAUUAGACAGUCACAGUGUUCAGUUUUUCACAGAUGUAGGGAUUUCUGAAUACAAAGAUUGCUACUUAAACCAGUGAGAUCAUUUCAAAUGGAAAAAAAUAAAUAAAACCUCUU